AUGCCGCACGGCAAGCUCAGGGCCCUGGGCCUGCACGGCUGGCGCACCAGCGGCGCCAUCCUGGCCCAGCAGCUUCAGCGCAAGGGCCUGGCAGCGGCGCUGGACGAUUUGCUCGAGAUCGACUGCAUCGACGCGCCCCACACAGCCACUGGCCCGCCGCAGCCGGACGUGGCGGCAAAUUUCCAAGGGCCGUAUUUCGAAUGGUGGGACGACCACAAGGCGGAGGACGGCACGCACACGUACAUGGGGUGGGAGGAAUCCCUGGACUACCUGGCGGCAUACAUUAGGGAACGCGGCCCGUUCGACGGGCUGGUGGGCUUCUCGCAGGGGGCGAUCGUGUCGCUGGUGCUGGCGGGCCUGCAGAGGAGGGGCCUGGCGCUGGGCGGCCUGCCGGGAAUCAAAUUCUGCUUGCUGUUCUCGCCGUUCCAGUCCAGGGAUCCGCGGCACGCGGCGGCCUACGAGGGGCUCAUUGACUGCCCGGCGAUGGUCAUCGUCGGGGAGCAGGACCCGUUCAAGAGCUGGUCGCUGCCAUCCGCGAAGCUGCUGAAGGACCCCGUCGUCAUGAUGCACCGCAACGGGCACUCCGUACCCGGCGCGGACUGGGAGGGGGUUCCACGCGUGAGGGCUUUCCUGGAAGGCGUCGCCGCUGGGGGCGAAGCCGAUUCGGCGAAUACGUAG